UUUAGCCCAGAAUUGUGAUGCCGUCCGAGACAUUGAAACUUCUGCCGGUUGGAGCUGAAGGAGCAGUUGAAAAAAUUAUUCAAUUAGGUCCAAUAAAAUUCAAACAAAUUUCACAACACUUAUUGGAAAGAAUGCCGAGCAGUGUUGAUUUCGCAGAUAUGUUGGAUGCAGAAGAACGAAAAAGGUUGCUCGGAGAUUUACAAAUUGAUCCUGCAUCCGAACUUGCUGUUUUCUUGACUAUAAGCGAAUUAUGGAAAAACAUCGCAUAUUAUCAGCCCAAAUUGCAGCCUUUGCUUGAAAAUCUUAAGGAAGUUGGGUUUGAUGCUGAAAUAAGAAAUGCAGUCGUAAAAGUUUGGUCGGAAAGCGGCUUGACGGUUUCAGACCAGUUGCGUAAUAUUUCGUUUUCUGGACGCCCUAAUGUUAGAGAUGUCGGAUGGACGCUACGCAUGAAUGUUGCAAGUAGCGAUAAUCCAGCGAUGCAUGCUGCAGAAGCAAUUGUACAGUUUGAUACUGACCGGGGUUCAAAAAUUGUCGAGCUGAGCAAAGACAGACUUGUAGAAUUGUAUAUGAUGUUGCAGGAGGUGCAGAAAAAUUUGGAUAUUUUGCUUGAAAGGUAGCAAAUAUAAUUGUUCAUGCUAUUCUUCGUAUUUAUCAAAGUUUCUUCGGUUUUGUGAUUAGGGUUAGGAUCCCUUCCAGAUGUUUACAAGUCACCAUGGGUUG